AUGACACUCCAGGUAGAUGAGGACUGGGACUUUGAUACCAUCAGGACAAACCCGCACUCCACUCUCCAUCACCAAGCCUCCCAAACAAUAAGAGGAGGUCGGAGCGUAUCCAAUUCUUCACACUCCUCGGACUUUGACGAAAUUCCCAUAAGUGCCGCUCUGCAAAGCUUAGCCCUCAACUCAGCCCCUCAUAGUGAAAAUCCAGGCCCUGACGGGCGUGUGGCUUCAUCAUCACCAUCGAAACCGAUCCGUGCAGGGACAGCCCGCAGGAGGGCUCCUUCGAACGCAAGCUCCAACUCUCCUCGCCCCGAGCAGCUCUACCACCACCACCGCCACAUAACCAAAGAGUCCCAAGUCCUCCACAGCGGCCCCUCCCGCUCCCCCUCCCCGGAAGCACAAUCACACACAGCAAAAUCCUCGUCGACGAUACGCCCCGUCAGAAAGGUUUUCGAGAAUAACCAUCGUACCCCCUCCGCGGUUGCCACCCCUUCCACUUCUUCCAGCACCGCUUCAACGAGUAUUGUCUCCCACCCCUCAGAUGCGCAAAACCUCUACAACACCAUAAUCCACACCUCCCUUGCACAAUUAACCACAAAAACCUCCGCAACCCCGCAGGAACGCCUAGCCACCGCCCGCCUAUCAUCGGCAUGGUCCUCAUUAAAUGACACAAACCCAGAGGCUAGCAUCCUUCUCCUCCGCUCCAUGAUGGACCAACUCCAGCGGAAUCCUGCCCUCAACGCACUCGUUUCUCCUACACCGCCUCCGCCACCCCCUACCGCCACUGCCACAAAAGCAACCCCAGUGAGGAUAUCAGAGCCAUUAUCCAGCAGCCCAGCAGCCACGGGCUCACCACUAGCCAGGAGAAAACGCCGGAGUAGCGUCGUAUCCGGAGCCGGGGCCGGCGGCGCAGGAGGCAGAAGAAGGGGCGGGAGUAGUGCUAGCGUUGGCAUGGAAGAGACUGUCGAAGAGAAAGGUGUGAACGCGGUUUUGGCGGACGUGUUGUAUGGGCGGUGGGUCGAGGGGUUGCGGGGGAGGUGGGGUACUACUGAGCGGUAA